GAGGAUUUUUCCUCGAGCAAAGCAAAUUUUUCUACUUUUUCCUUUCUGUUUUUCCUGCUUUCUUCUCUGUUUCAAUUAUUUCUGGUUUUCUGGGACCAAACAAGUUUGGUUUUUAUACUUCCAUUCUUUCGUUCUGUAAAACCCUAAUUUCAGGGAUCAAAUCAAAUACGAAGCAACCGAUCAUUUAUACCAAUUGCAAUUGUAUAAUAAACAAAAAAUGGUGUCGGCGAACAAGGACAUGGUGGCUUACUGCUUCGAUACUCUCCUCGCUCACUACAACACCGACCAACCUCCUCCCCCUGCUUUCGACGACGGCCAGCAUCCAUUGUUUGUUACUUGGAAGAAAGUGAUGAAUGGUGCUGAGCCUCGUUUGCGUGGAUGCAUAGGAACACUAGAAGCUCGGGGCUUGAUUAAUGGCUUCAGGGACUACGCCCUAAACAGUGCUUUGAAGGACCGGAGGUUUCCUCCAAUACAGGCUAAGGAAAUACCUUAUUUGGAAUGCACAGUUUCCAUUCUGACUGAUUAUGAAACUGCUAGUAACUACCUUGAUUGGGAGAUUGGAAAACAUGGUAUAAUUAUUGAGUUUACUGAUCCUGACUAUAACACAAGGCGCAGCGCUACGUACUUGCCUGAGAUUGCUGCCCAUGAAGGUUGGACAAAAACCGAAGCAAUUGACUCGUUGAUGCGGAAAUCUGGUUACAAUGGGAGCAUCACUGAGUCGCUUCGGAACCGUAUACGGUUGACCCGCUACCAGAGCUCCCUAUGCACGAUGGACCAUAAUGACUAUGUUUCCUAUGUCAAGGAAACCAGAGGGGGAGCUCCCUGUGUAGUUGGUGUUAACUCUGGCAGCCGCUGAACAAACAUGAACUAUUCCGAAAGAAAGCAUUUGGGGUUGGAGUGGAUUUGUUUGCUGUUCCAGUGCAGACCGCAAUAAUGUUGUACUUGUAAAAACUUGUAACUCAUUUUCCCAGAAACUAGUGCAUAUUUCAUGUGUAA